UGGAAUACAUGGUGCCAAGUACCAACAAAACCAUACAUCAUGUCUCCAUGCGUUUCAGGGAAGAGAAGUGAGCAAGCGAGACACGCAUAGAAUCACAUUCAUGAAAGAAAGCCCAUAACCGAGAGAGAAUAAUGAGAUCACUGAUACGCACAAGAAGAGGCAAAACGAUGACAUGUCUAUGUCUUCUCUCUCAAUUACUCUCUUCUAGCUCUUCUUUCAUCAACACCUCCAACAAUUUCUUCAAUUCUUCUCUCUCUUUCCAUUCUCCAAUUCCUCAAUCGGGUUUGUUGGGUCAAUAUUCGAGGUCUGCAUUUCGUGGGUUGUGUUCGAGCUACGGUGAAGUGAGAGGAAUGGCCAAUAGACAGGUUUCGACAUUGCAGUGCUUGCAAUCUUCGGAAUCUAUUUCGUACCUGUCGCAGAAGGAAGCAGCCCAGAUCGAUGACAUCCUCAUGGGUCCUCUUGGCUUCAGUGUCGAUCAGUUAAUGGAAUUGGCUGGUUUGAGUGUUGCUACAGCAAUUGCAGAGGUAAACUUUUUUUGGGUUGCCUUGCUUUUUAAUGUUUGGUUGUUGCAUUUUUUCAUUCAAUUGUCCUGCAUUGUAUCUCAUAUUCUGAAAUUUAUACCUCUAAAUCCUUCAGGUAUCCCAAGGCCUCCUUUUGAUGAUCUGAUCCAAAGGCUGGUACGUCUUCAAAAUCAUGAUCAAAUGCAUCAGGAAUCACCUGUUGUCUCCAUAGAUAUUCCAUCUGGGUGGCAUGUUGAAGAAGGAGAUAUCAGUGGAGAAGGCAUUAAACCCAACAUGCUGGUUUCUUUAACAGCUCCGAAGUUGUGUGCCAAGAAAUUUUGUGGUCCACACCACUUUCUAGGUGGCAGAUUUGUUCCACCAUCAAUUGUAGAGAAUUAUAAGCUUCAACUUCCACCAUAUCCUGGCACCUCUAUGUGUGUCCGAAUUGGAAAGCCUCCGCAAAUUGACAUAGCAGCUCUGAGAGAGAACUAUAUUUCUCCUGAGUUUCUUGAGGAUCAAGUGGAGGCUGACCCCUUUGGUCAGUUCCAGAAAUGGUUUGAUGAUGCAGUGGCUGCGGGCUUGAAGGAACCAAAUGCUAUGGCUUUGUCAACUGCUGGAAAGAAUGGGAAACCUUCAUCACGAAUUGUGUUGCUAAAAGGAGUUGAUAAAGGUGGUUUAGUCUGGUACACCAACUAUGAAAGCCGAAAGGCUCAUGAAAUAUUUGAAAAUCCUCAUGCAUCACUGCUAUUUUACUGGGAUGGUCUAAAUCGCCAGGUAAGAGUGGAAGGAUUUGUGGAGAAAGUUUCUGAUGAAGAAUCUGAGCGGUACUUCCACAGCCGUCCUCGAGGAAGUCAAAUUGGAGCAAUAGUUAGUAUGCAGAGCACUGUAAUUCCUGGACGGCAUAUUCUCCACCAAGAAUACGAAGAAUUAGAGGAAAAAUUCUCUGAUGGUAGUUUGAUCCCCAAACCCAAACACUGGGGAGGAUACAGGCUUAAACCAGUGGCUUUUGAGUUUUGGCAAGGACAGAAAUCACGCUUGCAUGAUAGGAUCCGAUAUUCCCCUGAAAUGAUUGACGGAAAAAGAGUAUGGAAAAUUGAUCGUUUAGCACCCUGACUAGUAUUCUCAGCAUCUUCAUUAUAAAGUUCGUCAUUGGGUAUUUUUCAAUGCUGCCUUUCAUUUAUUUUCUGUAAGUAGAGACACUCGUGCAUUUGCAAUAUCAGUGGGAUGUACCAGUUUAUGUUUUCUUGGUGGUACUUUUGAAAUUUGUUGUAUACAUGAGAGAAAAUAUUGCAAUUCAACUAGUACAUUUUCUAUGGAAUAUACUUUAAAUCUGUUUGGUAUCA